UUAGUGUUUGUUUGUUUUUGGCGCUAGAAAUGGAAGUGGAAGGAGCGUCGGUGGUAAGGAUUGCUAGGAAAUCAUCCAUAGAAAGCGAGCCAAGGACUUUGGGCAUUCAUCAAAUCCAGUAUGCAAGGGAGGCAGCUGAGAAUGUGGUGAAUACAAGGAGCAUAGAAGAUGCGAUGAGUAUUUUCACCAAGGGAUUGGAGCCAGUUGUUAGUUGUAGUGUUGCAAUUAGGUCAAGCUGGCAUAAUGGAAAUACAAAUUAUAUGGAUAAAAGUGAUCAUCAAGGGCUCGAGUGUGAUUCGGGUGAAGGAGACCAUGAUCUACAAUUACCAAAACCCUGCAGGGAUGUAGCAUCAGCACCUUUCUGAUGAUCAUUUUGCAUGUAUGUAUGUAAGAUACGGUAACAUGCAUGACAUGUCACCGUCAAGAAAAUAUACGAUAUUAUAUGGAGAGGGAAAA